AUGAUAACGGGUAUCAACAAGCUACCCCAGAUGCGUUUGUACUGGUCCAGUUAUGACAUGUACAGUAACGAACGAGUAAAAACGACAAUGAAUCAGAACAGACUUGACCUGCUUUUAAGAUAUCUUCAUUUUUCGGACAACUCCGACCCUAAAGCUGGGACUGACAGGCCUUUCAAGAUAAGGGAUGUCAUUGAACUGUGUUGUAAACAGUUUCAGGACACAUCGGAGCCAACUGAAGAACUGGACGAGAGCAUGGUGGACCUUUGA